AUGCUUCCAGUUUCAGAAAGUCCUUUUGUGGAGUUAGAUUGCAAAACAGAGACUGGUUUUUUUAUUGAGAAAUUCCAAAAGAAUGACGAAACGCAACAAGUGAUCCUUCUGAGAAAGUUAAGGGAGUUAAUUAGUCCAGACAGUACAUUUUUUAUGGAACCUGAACUCAAGACUGACACGCGAGGUAGGGGCCGAGGUCGUGGUCAAUUCAAAAUCGACACAUCUACUAAAUGUGAGUCAUCUGUGUUUGAGUUUGUACUAUCUAGGGAAUAUAGUUAUUCACAAGGUGUUACCAUCUCAACUACACCAGUUUGUAAGCCACUGCAACGGAAGAAGGCAAAAAAUGAUAAUGUCUAUGAAGAUGAUUGGCAACAAGUUAGGCGCAACUUGUUGACUGAGUUGCAUUCGAAUGUAGUGUACUACGUGCAACUGUUUGGUUCACAAGAAAGGGUUGAUGACCUUAACUCUAUCUUAUCCUACUUCAAACCUGGCCCUGGAUUUAAUCAUUGGAUGACUAUGCCAGACAUGGACCAUUUGAUAGCAUCAUACUAUCGAGUCGUUCUUUAUCAUUUAUCCAUGCAACAAUGCUUAACAUUUCUACCACUUAGACGAGUACCGAUUACAACACAUGAUCGAAGAGAUAUCUGCAUAGGAUUUGUUAAUGGAAACCGUUUUGUGCAAGUUCGUCUGCAACCUGGUCAUCCAGUACCUCCGAUAGCAAAUAAUUGGAUUCAUUUUCAUCACCCGUGUGUUAGUGGAUGGAAGAAAGCAUAUACUAUCCGUAUUCAUCAAUUCCGUACUCUUAUUAGCCCUGACGUAAUAACUGCUGAAACAAUUGAUAUAGACAAAUUGUGA